AUGCUUGAUUCAUUUUCUUUAAUUAGCUUUUUUGUGUUAGGAGUUAUAGGAUGGAUUACUUAUAAAAUUUUUAUUUGGCCAUUUUAUAUUUCUCCUUUGAGAAAAAUUUCUGGUCCACCAUCUAAAGGUCCAUUUUAUGGAAAUCUUAAAGCAUUUUUGGCAGAUGAUUUUAAUUCUGGAGUUAAAUGGUUUAAAGAAUAUGGAUAUAUCAUAAAAUUCCAUGGAAUAUUUAAUAAACCAAGUCUUUUUAUAGCAGAUCCAAAAAUAAUUCAAGAAAUUAUAUUAAAUAAAAAUUAUGAUUUUAUUAAACCUUAUAAUACGUCUGCCAUUGCAAUUGCUGGUAAAGGACUUUUAUUUUCGGAAGGUGAAGAUCAUAAGAGACAAAGAAAAAUGAUGAGUCCAGCUUUCACUCAUAAUAAUAUUAAAGAAAUGAUACCAACAUUUAUUCGUAUAACUUCUACCUUAAAAGGUUUAAUCGAAGAUGAAAUAAAUCAAGGAAAAUCUAAUAUUAAUUUUACGCCUUAUAUCUCAAAAACUACUUUAGAUAUUAUUGGUUCAGUAGGAUUUAAUUAUGAAUUUAAUUCAUUAACAUCAUCAAAUGAAUUGGCAGAAGCCUAUGAUUCUAUUUUAAAUAGUCCACCAACUGUUUUACGUAUGACAAUAAGUCUUUUAGCAAAUUAUGUUCCACUUAUUAGAGAAAUUCCAGUAGAUAUUAAUAGGAAAUUUAAAAAUGCGUGUGCAGUUAUUAAUCGCGUAUCAAAACAACUGAUUGAAGAAAAAUAUAAUGAAGCGAAAAAUGGCGAAUUAAAAAGCAAGGAUCUAUUAUCUGUGUUAAUCAAUAUCAAUAAAACAUUGCCUGUUGAAGAAAAAAUAACUGACGAAGAAUUAAAAUAUCAGAUUAUGACAUUUUUAAUAGCAGGACAUGAAACCACAAAUGUUACAGCUUGUUGGGCUUUAUAUUUACUUUCAGAACAUCCAUAUGUGCAAGACUUAUUACGUGAAGAAUUAGUUAAAGCUUUUCCCGAUAAAUCAAAUUUCAAUCCUACUUUUGAUGAUAUUAAUUCUUUGGAAUAUUUAAAUUGCGUAAUUAAAGAAUCUUUAAGAUUACAUUCUCCAGUACCAAUUCUUAAACGAGCGAAUUCUAAAGAUAAAGUUUUUGGAGAACAUUUGAUUCCAAAGGAUACUGAAUUAUUUAUUGGAAUUUCAGCACUUCAUAAAUCACCUGAAAUUUGGGGCUCAACAGUUGAUGAUUUUGAUCCAAAAAGAUGGUUGGAUCCUUCUUUAAAUGUAACAAAUUUAAAUUAUUUGCCUUUUCUUAAUGGUCCAAGAGGAUGCAUAGGCAAUAAAUUAGCUUUGACUGAAAUGAAAAUAAUGUUAGGAAUGUUAAUUAGAAAUUUUGUUUUUCAACCAAUUGAAGGAUUUCAUAUCAGCAGAAAAAUUUUCCCUUCACCUAAACCUUAUCCAUACCUUGGAUUAGCUGUAUCUAUAGUUGAAUCUUAACAUAAUUUUGAUGCUUUUUAUGCAUGACAUUUUACGCCAUGUGUGGUUUGAUUUAGUUUUAUUAUUUGUUUUUUUAUCUUUUUUUUUUUUAGUUUUAUAUACAUACGUAUAUACAUAUAUUUUAUUUAUUCAUUAUAAAUUACAUUAGUAUGGAUUUGGAGAUUAUUUUUAUGAUAACAAAAGAUACAAUAUAUCAGAUAUGGAUUCUAUUGCAUUGACAGUAUCCAUAUUGUCUUAAUAUGGCAGAUAAUUUUUGCCAAAAAAUAGUAGCGGAACUUAUUGGCCACAAAUUAUAUAAACUGUUCUAUUAGUCGGAUAAUACUCUUAACAUUUUUAAAGAAAUAAAAAAAUAAAAUAAAAAAAUUUAAUUAAAAAAAAAA